CCAACACCCUCGUAAUCUGCCACCUCCAUUUCUUGUCUUGUCCUCUCUGCUCCCACUCUCUCUCCCUCUUCCACCAUCGUCACAUUCUUUUCAUUCUUCGAUUCCCUACCUCAUCCUCCUACCACAUUUCCUAAUUCUCUUUUCUUUUUUCAGCCCUCCGAGACAGCUAACUGGACGACUGCAAUUGGCUUCGGAGCUGCUGUCUAGGGUCUGGUCCUACCACCACCACCACCCCCGACCCGACGCCCACGUCACGUCAGGCUUAGCUACUUAUACAGCUACCAUAACCUCCUCCUGCAAACAACCUCAGCCCGAGCUUCAAGCUUCACGGAUCUUUGUCCAUAGCCUGCUCAUCAUUAACAAGUGCUGCGAUUGGCAUAUGUGAUUGACCAUGGCAACGCAACGGUCUGAAGCAGAGCUGAAGCAGCAGGGCGCGAUCGAGGCCGCCGCGGAUCCGAACAGCUCAGUCACUGCACAGGACGCAGAGGACAAGCUCGUAAACGAGGCAAAGAAGGGUGGCGCCACGGCUCUGCAGUUCGAUCCCAAUGCCAGCCCAGAGGAGAAGGCCGCUCAGGCGAGAGCUCGCAUUCCUGAAGGUGUGCAGAAGGAGCACAAUCCGAAAGCGACCGCUCUCGUAUCUGAUGUCGAUGACGGCUCGGCCAAAAAAUACGAUCUUCCCCCUGCUACGAAAUCUGGUGCUAUUACUCCAGACAAUGCCCCGACGGAUAAUGCCAACGGCAAGACAAAAGAGGAAGAGGAUGAAUGGUCGCGCGUAGGCUGGGCACCUCGAUUCGGCGCACUGAAGAACGACGAUGACGACGGCACUACACUGCUUGAUCACCAGACAUGGCUCGAGGGCAAGAUUGACGACAAGUUCUUUGGAGACUGGUACCACAAUGCUGGAAUCAUGGUAUUCGCUUGCCUUACGUGCUGGGUUGUUGGCAUCCUGGGCGGUGGUCUGGGAUGGAUCUUCAUCGUAGGCGCGUUCUGUACAACCUACUAUCGAACCUCUCUCCGCAGAGUGCGCCGAAACUUCCGAGACGACGUCAAUCGAGAGCUCGCGAAGACGAAGUUGGAGACUGACCAUGAGUCGCUGGAAUGGAUCAACAGCUUUCUGGUCAAGUUUUGGCCCAUCUACCAACCAAUUCUGUGCAACACCAUCGUGCAAUCGGUUGAUCAGGUUCUCUCGACGGCAACACCGGCCUUUUUGGACAGUCUUCGGCUAAAGACUUUCACCCUGGGCACAAAACCACCACGGAUGGAACAUGUCAAAACCUACCCCAAAGCCGAGGACGACAUCGUGUUGAUGGACUGGAAAUUCAGCUUCACGCCCAACGACGUGGCUGAUCUGACGGCCAAGCAGAUCAAAACAAAGAUCAACCCAAAAGUCGUUCUUGAAGUGAGGAUUGGCAAGGGUAUGGUCAGCAAGGGCUUGGACGUCAUUGUGGAAGACAUGGCCUUUUCUGGGUUGAUGCGGGUGAAGAUGAAGCUGCAGUUGCCAUUUCCACACAUUGAGAGGAUUGAGAUAUGCUUCCUGGAGCGUCCCACCAUCGAUUAUGUCUGCAAGCCUCUUGGUGGCGAUACCUUUGGCUUCGAUAUCAAUUUCCUUCCCGGCCUAGAAAGCUUCAUCAUGGAACAGGUUCACGCAAACCUGGGACCGAUGAUGUACGAUCCUAACGUCUUCCCGAUCGAGGUUGCUAAAAUGCUUGCUGGAAAUCCAGUGGAUCAAGCUAUCGGUGUUGUCCAGAUACAGUUCCAUGGAGCGCAAGGGCUCAAGAACCCCGACAAGUUCUCCGGCACUCCCGACCCGUAUGCUGUCGUGUCUAUCAAUGACAGGGACCCUCUUGGUAGGACCAAGACUGCGCAUGAGAAUACCAACCCCCGCUGGAAUGAGACGGUAAACAUUAUUGUGACGUCGCUUCGCGAUCAGCUCACUAUCGGGACCUACGAUUACAACGAGUACCGCAAAGACAAGGAGCUCGGAAAAGCGAAUUUCGACCUCGAGCAACUGGAAACACAACCCGAACACGAGAACCUGCAGCUUGAGGUACUGGCGAAUGGUCGACCUCGUGGCAUCGUGCAAUGUGACAUUCGCUUCUUCCCCGUACUGGAAGGCCGGAAGCUCGAGGGAGGUGUGGAGGAACCCCCACCAGAAUCUCUUACUGGUAUAGUGAAGUUUACCGUCGAGCGUGCUAAAGAGCUCGACCACUCCAAGAGCAUGAUCGGACAGUUGAACCCGUACGCGGUCCUGCUUCUGAACGGCAAGGAAGUCCAGAUCUCGAAGAAGCUCAAGAGAACAAAUGACCCAAUCUGGCCCGAUGCCACCAAGGAAAUGCUCAUCACCGACCGUAGAAAGGCGAAGUUGGGGCUCGUGAUCAAGGACGAUCGCGACAUUGCGGUCGAUCCCAUUGUCGGAAACUACCAGAUCAAGCUCGACGAUAUGCUUGACUUGCAAGCCAAAGGUCACGAAUGGUACAGCCUGGCUGGUGUCAAGACAGGGCGGGCGAAAAUGAUGAUACAGUGGAAGCCAGUGCAGAUGACUGGAGCGCUUGGAGGCUCUGGCGGCUACGUCACGCCGAUUGGUGUUAUGCGGUUGCAUUUCAUCAACGCCCGCGAUCUUCGCAAUGUGGAAACAAUGGGCAAGUCCGAUCCAUACGUGCGCGUCCUCCUUUCGGGAAUUGAGAAAGGCCGUACCGUCACAUUCAAGAACAAUCUCAACCCGGACUGGGACGAGGUCCUGUACGUGCCUGUGCACUCCGCUCGAGAGAAGCUAGUGCUUGAAGUAAUGGACCAAGAAAAUGUUGGGCGCGAUCGAUCGUUGGGUCACAUCGAGCUACCAUGUGCAGACUUCCUCAGGCAGAACAGCGAAGGGGAAUACGAAGCACAAGAAAACAAGGACCCUAUUGCUGGCGCUCUCCGCUCCGGAGCCCGAGGCGUCGUCAAGGGCACGCUGAACUAUACUGCAUCAUUCUACCCGACGGAGCCUAUAAUCGAUCCUGACGAAGAGGAUCGGGAGAGCUUGCGCGGUAGUACUGACGAGAGUAGACCCAGUCUUGAUGGCACCACUAACAGAGCAAGCACAGAUUCGAUCAGAAAGAGCAUCGAGCCUGCCCGAGAGCGUGGAUCGCUGUCCCGCAGUGGUACCAUUACCUCUCUCCGCAAGGCUGGCGAUGCUAAUGGCGAAGUAGAUCUCGCCAAGAAGCUCGCAGAGGGAGAACGCGAGCAGACGGAGCUGGAAGACAAGCCGAAGAAGGUCGUGCCGAAGCUGAGGAUCGAUGCGGAGAACAUUGGCCAAUACGAAUCUGGGCUUGUCGUCUUCAAGCUGAUCGACGCGGAUCUGUCGGAGGCGGACUGCUACGUUGAGAUUGUCAUGGACGACAUGGCGUUUGCCUCUUAUUCGAGCUCGAAGGUUCGGUCGAAGAAACACACGUUCAACGAGACUGGCGAUGCCAUGGUUCGCGAGCUCGACUUUUCGAAGAUCACGCUUCGUCUGAUAGAGGAAGUGGACAGAAAGGGCGAGGGCAAGGAAAGCCAUAUUAUUGCCAAACUGACGGGGAACACGAUCGAUGUCCUACGUCGAGCUCUGUAUGCGCCCACUCUGUUCACGCUAAAAGACGAGCACGGCAAGGGGAGCAAGAUCACUGUGAGCCUCAAGUACAUUCCUGUCAAGAUGCAGCUGGAUCCUAGCGAGAGCUUCAACAACUCCGGCACCUUGCGCGUCGACGUUCUUGAUGCGGCUGACCUGCCGGCUGCGGACCGCAACGGCUACAGUGAUCCGUACUGCAAGUUCAACCUGAAUGGCAAGGAGAUAUUCAAGACCAAAACCCAGAAGAAGACGCUGCAUCCGGCGUGGAACGAGUUCUUUGAAGUUCAAGUUCGGUCCAGAACAGCGGCGCAGUUUGAUGUUGUUGUUUACGACUGGGACUUUGGCGACAAGGCUGACCUGCUGGGCAAAGCCGCCAUUAAUCUGGACAUACUCGAGCCGUUCCAGGCGCAAGAAGUUACACUGGGACUAGAUGGCAAAUCGGGUGCGGUCAGGCUGAAGAUGCUGUUCAAGCCAGAUUAUGUCACGCGCACUAGACAAGGCUCCUCGACCUUCCACGGCACGUUUGCUGCUCCUGGCAAGGUGAUUGGCGCACCCGUCAAAGGGGUGGGCAAGGGUGCCGUGUUUGUGGGAGGUGGUGUGGUCAAAGGAGCAACGUUCCUGGGUCGCACGUUCAGGGGCAAGAAGAAGGGCGAAAACGACACGGACGCUGACUCAAUCAACGGCUCGGCUAACCCCAAGAUAUCCGUCGACGACCAGGACCCGGACUCGCCUCCUGGCUCCGCCAACCCUCAAGCAGUCACCCCGACUAACCACCACCGCCACCGAUCGAUGGGCGCCCAGUCCAUCUCCAGCCAGAUGGGUGUCUCACCCGGAGGCGCCGAGACUGGUAUUGCAUCAUUCACCAUCGUCUCGGCAUCAGAGUACCCCUCGGGCUCCAACGUCCGCGUACACGUCGAGAUGAAGACGGGCAAGGGCGACAAGGAAGUCCACAAGACCAAAGCCAUCAAGUCCAGGUCCGGCGACCCGGUCACCUGGCCGGACAGCAGCGAGACCUUCAAGGUCCAAUGCGCCGCCGACACGGCCUUUAAGAUUACGGUCAAGGACCACAGCACGUUUGGCAGCGACGACGAGCUCGGCUCCGUGCCCUUUUUCAUCGACGACUCGGGCAGCGGUGGCGGCGAGCGGUCGAUGCAGGUGGGCGAGGGUCAUGUUGUCGUCCGGAGCCAGUUUGUGCCGUCGGCGGAUCGGGAUGGGGCCGCGCGCGAGUUGACGCCGCAUAGUCCGGGGAAGCUGCGGCGGAGUAUUCUUGGGACGUCGAGGGGGCGGGAGCGCAGCGUGACGCCGUCGUGAUGGGAGGCUUGAUGGGCGGGGGUGGACUAUAUCUAACUCUCGGCCUGGAGUGGCUUGGGUUGUUGGGGGUUAGGAUGGAAAUUAAAGCAAAGAUGUGUUGACGACGACGCCGGGCUUGCUGUGUAUUUUUCUCUAGGGCGGUGAUCGUGGCUACAAACUUCUUCUUCUACAAAAAUGUUUCCAACCCCUUUUUUGAGUACAAGAUGGACAGAGUGAGUAGCUAGGCCAGGUGGCAAGGCUCGCGCGCAUAUCGUUCCUGGGGUGUUUAUGCUUGUGCUUCUGC